AACAUGGACAAGCAAGUAGUUUCACUUGAGUUCUUACACAAGACUGAAAAUCUAGUACGAACCCACUUCCAGAUCUGUUUCCUUUCUCAAACCAAACAAACUUUUUUACUUCAACCAACCUAAAUUUCCUGUGUCUUAAACCACACGUUCUUCCUUCUCAAUAAAACCGUUUCCAUCGCGUACACAGUUUCAAAUUUUCCCGAAUUUCAUUCCCAACAACAAUAACCUCGUUUUCAUUUCCAUCUUCAAAAUUCAACACGUGUGUUCCAACACUCUUAUAUACAUACACUUUCACUUCUUUCUUCUAAUUCCAACAACUCUAACGCCGUUAGGGUUUUGUUGUAAGAAACAAUGGAUUACAACAGAGACGGCAACGUCGUUCAAAUCAUCACCACCGGCGGUGGAGGCGCCGCCGAUAGCUGGUCAACCGACCAAGCUGACUGGGCGACGGAAGAUGAGUAUCGUUACUGGAACGGAAACGAUGCUGGUGGAGAAACAACUCCGUCUUCAAAUUCACGUGCAGGAAGUGAGCCGCCGAGUAAGAAAUCGAGAAGCAAUUCGCAAGAUGGUGGUGGUGGUGGUAGUGGAGGAGGAUCGAAUCGCGCGAAAGCGAUUGGGAAAAUGUUUUUUAAGACGAAACUAUGCUGUAAGUUUCGUGUGGGGACAUGUCCUUAUAUAACAAACUGUAAUUUUGCUCAUAGUGUGGAGGAGCUUCGUCGGCCGCCGGAGAAUUGGCAGGAGAUUGUGGCUGCUCAUGAGGAAGAGAGGAGUGUGAUUGAGCAGCCGAGGGAGGAGUUUCAGAUACCGACGGUUGGGUCGAGUACUUUUGUAGGGGAGAGUAUGAAUAAUAGGUCUUAUAAGGGGAGACAUUGUAAGAAAUUUUAUACUGAGGAAGGUUGUCCUUAUGGGGAUAGUUGUACUUUUCUUCAUGAUGAGCAAUCGAAGAAUCGUGAAAGUGUGGCGAUUAGUUUAGGUCCUGGUGGUUAUGGUGGUGGUGGUGGUGGUGGAGGAGGAGGAGGUGGGAGUGUUGGUAGUGGUGUUGGUAGUGGUAGUGGUGUUGUUGUUGUUGCGGCUGGUGCGGCCGCGGUUGGGAAUGGACCUAAUUUGAAGCCUUCAAAUUGGAAAACUAGGAUUUGUAAUAAGUGGGAGAUGACUGGGUAUUGUCCUUUUGGUAACAAAUGCCAUUUUGCUCAUGGUGCUACAGAAUUACACAGAUAUGGAGGUGGACUUAUGGAAGGUGAAAGCAGAGACGGUGUUUCUGUUGUUGCGUCUGACACAAAGCAGGGAGUACCUUCCAAAACUCAUGCUGAUAAUGUGGUUGCAUCAAAUCCUCCUAUUGGUUCAGAUGUUUAUCAUCUUGGAGUCCCUUCACAAAGACCUUCCAUUGUGAGUCAGAGGCCAGGACAGAGAGCUCAUCAGAAGUGGAAAGGUCCCGAUAAAAUCAGUAGGAUAUAUGGCGAUUGGAUCGAUGACUUCGAAUAGAGCUAUAAUAACUUAUAUUCCCAAUCUUGGAAACAUGGAAAAUGGCCGAUGAUGAGGGCUUAUGUAUCACCAUGCAGCUGAAAACGCCAUGAUUUCCGGUUCCCAUCUUGUUAUAUUAUCUAAUAAUGUCUUAUGAUCCGUAGUUUCCAGCAUUGUAGCACUUUGUUCAAUUCACAGAUAAUUGUUCUGUGGAUUUAAGUGCGGUGAAUGAUUCAUCUUUCUUUUCAAGUUUUUGUUUCUGAGAUUUGAAUGUAACAGCGGCUUCCUUGUAUGUGCAUCAGAUUGUGUCAGACAUAAUUGUUCUUUUGUUUCCCCAUGUUGGAUCUAAUUUAAGAUUCCGGUUUCUAUUUUUA